AUGGAGAAAGAAAACCCUGAAUUGAAACCCAGCCCAUCUACAACCAGUGAUGAGAAAAAUGAGAAGACAAGUGGACGCUCAAAGCAAACCGUGCCCACCAAGAAUGUGUUGCACUUUUUACUAGAGAGGCAGCUGGGGAGGCACCGGAGUGAUGUGGAUCUGUCUAGGUGGCUGUGGAUGCUGACAUAG